GUGACCCAGAUGACGUAUUAGAUCAAAUGUUCACGAAAGCCGAUGGCGUUUUCAAUCUUAGCGGCUCAGCAUCCGAAUUGUCACCAAUCGAUCCCGAGCUGCGAAUUUACCACGACUGCAACGAUCAUGGAAAGGUUCGUGGCAGAUUAUUAUGUGGAAAAACACCUGCGAAGGACGUACAUGUGAAACUUGUGGACGAUGAUUUUGGGCCGGAUCCAGACGAUGUGCUAGAGACUGGCUUCACCGACCGAGACGGAUUCUUUGAAUUAGCCGGUUCCACGGCGGAACGAACAACCAUCGAUCCACAUUUAAUCUUCUACCAUGACUGUAAUGACGGUAGCACGGUGGGCGCUCUGUUCUCUAAUAAAAAGCUCCCGCUUGUAACACUAGGAGUUCUUAUAAAAUUCUAG